GCUGCAGUCCCGCUCCGCUUCCCUGGAAGAGCCAGUGUUCCCACAGGCAGCCGCCCCCUCCCGCUCUCGCUCUUUCCCUCGGCUCUCCCUGCGCAGGUCAGUCCCGGCUCCGCGUUCCAAUAAAUUCGAGGAAGCAGCCCGGAGUAACACUACCAAGCCUGCGGAGAUCGCGCGGGGUGAGGAAAGGUUGGGAGGGGGCCUGAGUGAGCCUGAAAUUUAUCUCCCCCAAAUACCUACAGUCAGGCCUCUUCUUCUCAGCCUCUCAGCCCUAGCCACUAUGGGGGGGGGGUGUCAAAAAUGAGACGGGGGCACCCAACCAUUGGCCUUCAGGACUUAAGGUUACUUUGGCGGCGUGGCUCUUAGAAAUCUUGGAGUUUCGUGUCGGGGUACUACGGUGGGUGGGGUCCGCGGCAGGCGGGCAGCCUGAGGACUGCAGUCUACAUGCCCCGGAGGGACUAUCCCAGCGGCGGGGGAAAAAAUCUCCCGUGUUAGACGUCGCCAACUGCCUGUCUCGGAUACUUGGAGCCGCUCGUAAGUCCGCGGCCCCAACGGACCGGAAUCACCAGAGGUGGAAGGAUGUAUCUCUCUCCGACACCCAGAGGAGCGAGGCGCACAUCCCAGUCCAGCCCACCCUUCUCAUCGCCCUGGGCGCACCUGCGCACUUUACUCUCACUAUUCAUUUUCCUGACACUGAGCGCCUCUUUCUCUUUCAUUCUUUUUCUUAGAGCCCCCGCCUCUCAUCCCAGGAGGCUGCUCCUCUUUCCCCCUCCUCCAGUUCCCCCUAGGUCUCUUCCUUCGCUCCCUCUCUCUCCCUCUCUUUUUCCCUUCAAGUCGCACCCGCCUUGUAAUCAGCAACAAAAGCUGACAUAAAUCACCGGUGGAUUGACAAGAGCUGACAAAUAACUGAUUGAUUGCGGUCGAGGAACAUUGACAAUUGAUGGAGGGGUGGAGAUGCCCGAAGAACUGGGGGAGGUGCGGAGAAGAGACGGUGGCAAGGGAGAGUAAGAAUGAGGUGGGGGGCCGAGUGUGAAACAGAGGAAACAUGUGACCCCCGCUUCUGCCCCAAUCUGCUCAUCCCCAGGCGUCACGUGGCCGGGAAGGGCGGGGAGCUUAGCAAACUGCGCGGAGACAGGCCUCCACCACCUCCGCUGCCCAUCUAGCUUCUGGUUUCUCCACCGCCGAAUCUCGGGAAAUCAAAGCGGGCGGGCAGACUUCCUCCAACACCCGUUCCCCACCUCUCCUUACACAGGCGGCUGCAACGCAAGAGAUUUCAAUUACUGAGGAGGAUGAGAGAAUAUUUGGUGUGCAGGCCCCCUGUACAGCCCUGGAGUUGACAGUCCGGCUGUUGUCCGGACUCCCGCUGGUGCUCCUUCUGGACACCCCCAAUCUGUUCCUCACAGGCACCCUCCUGCAAAAGGUUUCAGUUUAUACUCGAGCUGGGGAAAAGGAAGGACGACGAGGAAGAAAAAAGACGGAGGCGGCAGAUAGCAAACGUAGAAUAAAUGUCCAGCUCGUCCUCCGAGCGAAAUCAAGGGAGGGGACACGGAGAGGGGAGCGGCGAAAAGGGAGCUGCCCAUUAAAACCAGCGCUGAGUCCUGGCGGCGGCGGCGGCGGCGGCGCGGGACGCGUCACAUCCCCUUGACCCUCCAAUCACCUCGGGCUCCCAUUUGAUUGGAAGGCGGCAAAGGCUUUAAUCUCCCCCUCGGUGCAGCUGCUUUUGAAGUGAGUUUCCUCGCCAGAGCCCCGGCUGGACAGGCAGCGGCUCACAUCGCAGAGCGCAGCGCCAGCGCCGGUCCGCCAGUGCGCAGCGCAGGGGCACAGCCCGAGGCGGACACGGCGAGCCACUCGGCACUCCCGCAGUCGGACCGGCUCGUCCUGCUAGGCCACGGCUCCGCUGCGGGCCACCCAGGAUUAUUCGCUUCUGGCUCCCGGCGCCGAGAAGGCGCGCUGGGCGCCCGUGGCCGCCGCGCCAGCUCCUCCUCCUCCUGCUGGUCCCGCUCCCCGGGCUAGCGCGCAGCCCCGAGCCCGCCCCGCGCCUCCUGGAGCCCUCCCCCCGCUGCUCCCAUGCGCGCGGGUGGGUCAUGAGCACAGCGCCCUCGCUUUCUGCCCUAAGAAGCAGUAAGCACAGCGGCGGCGGCGGCGGUGGCAGUGCGGACCCUGCCUGGACCAGCGCGCUCUCUGGAAAUAGCUCCGGCCCCGGCCCAGGCUCGUCCCCGGCCGGCAGCACCAAGCCUUUUGUGCACGCCGUGCCCCCCUCUGAUCCUCUCCGCCAGGCUAACCGCCUGCCCAUCAAGGUGCUGAAGAUGCUGACCGCACGGACUGGCCACAUUUUGCACCCCGAGUACCUGCAGCCCCUGCCUUCCACUCCCGUCAGCCCCAUAGAGCUUGAUGCCAAGAAGAGCCCGCUGGCGCUGUUGGCCCAAACAUGCUCGCAGAUCGGGAAGCCCGACCCCUCGCCCUCGUCCAAACUCUCCUCGGUCGCCACCAACGGCGGCGCGGGCGGUGCCGGCGGCGGCGCCGGGGGCGACAAGGACGCAAAGUCGGGCCCUCUCAAGCUGAGCGACAUCGGUGUGGAGGACAAGUCGAGCUUCAAACCAUACUCCAAACCCGGCUCGGAUAAGAAGGAGACGGGAGGCGGCGGCGGCGGCGGGGGCGGCGGGGGCGGUGGCGGGGGGGUUUCGGCGGAGAAGUCCGGAUUCCGGGUACCGAGCGCCACCUGCCAGCCAUUCACUCCCAGGACAGGCAGCCCAAGCUCCAGCGCCUCGGCCUGCUCGCCAGGAGGCAUGCUGCCUUCGGCCGGGGGCGGCCCGGAGGGCAAGGACGACAAGAAGGAUCCCGAGGCGGGCGGCGGCGGCAGCAAGGGCUCUGGGGGCGCCUCGGCCGAAGGGGGACCCACUGGGCUGGCGCACGGCCGGAUUAGCUGUGGCGGCGGAAUUAAUGUGGACGUGAACCAGCACCCAGAUGGGGGCCCCGGGGGCAAGGCUCUAGGUUCGGACUGCGGAGGCUCUUCGGGCUCCAGCUCGGGCUCAGGUCCCAGCGCGCCCACCUCCUCCUCGGUGUUGGGCUCUGGGCUGGUGGCGCCCGUAUCGCCCUACAAGCCAGGCCAGACAGUGUUCCCUCUGCCUCCCGCGGGCAUGACCUACCCAGGCAGCCUGGCUGGGGCCUACGCCGGCUACCCGCCCCAGUUUCUGCCACACGGCGUGGCGCUGGAUCCCACCAAGCCUGGCAGCCUGGUGGGGGCGCAGCUGGCGGCGGCUGCGGCGGGCUCUCUGGGCUGCAGUAAGCCCGCCGGCUCGAGCCCCUUGGCGGGGGCGUCGCCGCCAUCCGUGAUGACAGCCAGUUUGUGCCGGGACCCGUACUGCCUCAGCUACCACUGCGCCAGCCACCUGGCUGGGGCGGCGGCAGCCAGCGCGUCGUGCGCUCAUGAUCCAGCCGCGGCGGCCGCCGCUCUCAAGUCCGGAUACCCGCUGGUGUACCCCACGCACCCGCUGCACGGUGUGCACUCAUCGCUAACCGCUGCCGCCGCUGCCGGCGCCACACCGCCCUCUCUGGCCGGCCACCCCCUCUACCCCUACGGCUUCAUGCUCCCUAACGACCCACUCCCCCACAUCUGCAACUGGGUGUCGGCCAACGGGCCGUGCGACAAGCGUUUCGCUACUUCCGAAGAGCUGCUGAGCCACUUGAGGACCCAUACGGCCUUCCCCGGGACAGACAAACUGCUGUCGGGCUACCCUAGCUCUUCUUCUCUGGCCAGCGCCGCAGCAGCCGCCAUGGCUUGCCACAUGCACAUCCCCACAUCCGGCGCUCCGGGCAGCCCCGGGACGCUGGCGCUGCGCAGCCCCCACCACGCGCUGGGACUCAGCAGCCGCUACCAUCCCUACUCCAAGAGCCCACUCCCCACGCCCGGCGCUCCCGUGCCCGUGCCCGCCGCCACCGGACCCUACUACUCCCCCUACGCCCUCUACGGACAGAGACUGACCACGGCCUCUGCGCUGGGGUACCAGUGAGGGCGGGCGGAAGGGCUAUCGAGGGAGAGAAAAGAACUGGGGUGUGAGGAGGAGCCGAAGGAGGGGUGGGAACAGGGCAGAGGCUACUGUCACCCGCUAGUGGGAAUGACCCGGGCCAGGAAAGGAAAAAAAUAUAUACCGUAUCUAUCUACCCAAAACAGCGACUGAGACCCGGUGGGAAACUCCCCUUUCCCCCACCUCUCAUCUCCCCACCCAAACUUUAUAAAAGCUGAAAAGAUAUCAUUUGACUUUUUAUAGAAAAAGAAGGAAAAAAUAAUUAAAGUGUUCAUCUGAGGACUGCAUCGGUGGACACUGGUAUUUAUUUAUGUUAGCUCCAAGCGGACCCGUGGUUCAAAAGUGCAUUAUUUAGUUUGAGCUCCGUAGUAAAAAGGAAGAGGGGGAAAAAUUAAAACUUGAGGGUAAAAAUGUGGAAAACAAACCCUCCCGUCCCUUGUAGAUUAUAAAUAAAUACAAAACCGCCACAGAACUAGAGGUCUUCUGUUUAAUGUUACUUUAAAAUUGCUAUGAUUGUAUUGUAAGUUCUUAUUUAAUGUCUGAUUGAAACACAAAUUUACAUGCAUGUUUGUUACAAAAAAUGAAAAGAAACAAAGCAAGUCACAAUUUGUCAGUUCUGAUUUCAAAUUGCAAUUAUUUUUAAGGUGUAUACCAUCGAAAGAGAAUGGGUAUUUUUUUGUAUGUAUUCUGGAAGAAAACAAAAAAAAAAAGGAAAAACAAUUCUAUUCCAAAACCUCAUUUGCCUUAUUUUGUUCUUUAAAAGGAACACUUAACUAUUUUUAAUUUUUAAGUCCACCCGCUGAGAAGGGGACAAGUAAGGUUUACGUCAUGUACUAAAAUAAUAGACAAUGUAUCGCUUUAAAGAUUAAAAUUCCGUAUAUUUGAUGUAUUAAAAGGUUUUACUUCUUA